CUUGAGUUGAAAACAGCAACACAUAGUUUAGUUUUCUAAAAACAAAAAAUUAAACACACCUUCCCUUUAAAAAUGAAAUUCGCUAUUGUUAUCUUCUCUACUUUGGCCUUGGCUUUGGGUGUUCAAUCAUCCAUUAUUCCUUGGGGAGGUGUAGUGACUCAAGUCGCUGGUCCUCUUGGCGGCAUUGUAUCUCCCCUUGGUUUGCCUUGGGGUGGUUCCAUUGUUGUUGGUCCUUCAGCUGGUUUACCAGCAGCUAUCUCCGUACAGGGACCAGGUCCUAUUCCCGUUGCUGUUCAUGCUGCCGUUCCCGCCGCUGUACCCGCUGUUGUUGGCGGUGCCGCUAGUUAUGUUGCUAAAACUCGUGGUGCUGUUCACACCGCUCCCUUGGCUGGUCACGUAAACUCGGUAGCUAAUGUUAAUGUAGCUCCUGCCCCCGGUACCCUCUAAGCAAAUGAUUUUAUUGAAACUAAAGUAGACAAUAUUUAUUUUUGAUUCUUGAACUUGAAAAAAAGAACUGUCAAUGUGGUGCUAAUAGGUUUUAAUACAAAACCUUAAGAUUUUACUUUAAGAUAUUAAGAUAUUAUUUUGUUAUUUCUUUGCUCAGUUGUCAAUAAAUUAUGACGUAAAAUGAA